AUGUCGGCUGGCCAACGUUGCUGGGCCGCCUUGGCCUCAUUUAUGGCCGCUGCUAUGUCUUCGUUUUCUUUAUCCCCUUACUCAGACUCCGUUGCUAUCCCCAACACUUCUCUCCUCUGCUCAUGCUCCACCACAUUAGCCGAUAUCUCUGCCGCUUGGAUGGUCUUGCUUUUUUUCACACUCGCCCGUAUGACCAGGUAA